AUGGGACUCACCUACAACGUCUACUUGACCUCCAGCAAGAUAUUUGGCUGCAAGGGUUGCAAAACACAUCUUGCGGACUACAAUGACAUCAUCAGUCGCAAUUUCCGUGGCCAACAUGGCAAGGCCUAUCUUUUCAAUACUGUCGUCAACAUCACACAAGGUGAGCCGGUCGAGCGCAGUAUGACAACUGGUCGCCACAUCGUUCGAGACAUCAUCUGCCGACAAUGCCGAGUAACGGUGGGGUGGAAGUACGACAAAGCAUACGAAGCCAGCGAGAAAUACAAGGAGGGCAAAUUUAUCCUUGAAGAAGAGCUCCUCUGCAUACUGACAGACCCACCACACAGAAAGCCGCGCAAAGCCGCGCAAAAUCUGCGAUUGAUCUCCUUAAUCAAACCAGCCAGAAACCUGCGUGGAUCUUCGGCUCUUCGAUUCUCACCGCGGCUAACCCCGAAGAUCCUUCAGUGCCAGGAUCUGCAGGUGUCAAAAUUUUCAGCCCUACAGGAUCCAGCCAGUCCAAUGGCAACUUCAACUACCGGAACGAUGCAGGCUGUGAUCUUCCAUGAGCCCUACAAGGUCGCUGUAGAGCAACGGCCCAUUCCCCAAGUGCAGGAUCCGGAAGAUGUGGUGAUCAAGGUGGGAUAUACCGCACUUUGUGGGAGUGACCUGCAUACAUACCGGGGUAUUGAGCCUGCCUCUCCGGGCUUCAUUAUGGGCCACGAGUUUAUGGGAGAGAUUGUCGAGGUCGGCAGUGCCGUUAAGUCUUUCAGCAUAGGGGACCGUAUCGUCAGUGCCUUCACCACUUCGUGCGGCCGCUGCUUCUACUGUCAACAAGGUUUCUCCUCACGCUGUGAGAAGAAUACUCUUUUCGGCUGUGAAGUGCUGAACGGUGGCCAGGCAGAAUAUGUGCGGAUUCCGCAUGCCGAAGGUUCGGCUAUGAAAGCACCAGAGGGUGUUGACGAUAAAUACCUUGUUCUCAUGGGCGACAUCUUCCCUACCGGGUGGUUCGCUGCAAACAAUGCAUUCAAAAGCUCCACGCCUGAGCAAAUAUCUGAGCAGACCGUUGUCGUGAUCGGCUGCGGUCCCGUCGGCCUCUGCGCGGUCAUCAAUGCACUCGAGUACAAGCCCAAGCAUCUCUUGGCAGUGGACUCCGUGCCCUCGCGACUCGAGCUUGCCAAGUCGCUUGGUGCCGAGCCCUGGAACUUCCUGACCGACCGUGAAGGGUUAGACAGCCGUGUCAAGGAGCUCACUGGAGGCCGUGGAGCAGACGCCGUCAUUGAGGUUGUGGGUUUGAGCCCUGCAUUGCGUAUUGGGUUCGAGCUGCUACGACCCUGGGGCACAAUUAGCAGCGUGGGAGUUCAUAAUGCGGAGGCGGCGUUGGAUAAUAGAUUCCCUGGACGGGCAAUGACGCAUACAACAAGAAUCUCACUGUCCAAAUGGGUCGAUGCCCUGUUCGAUCGGUUGCCCCCCCAGGCACUCGCAGUAUUGAAGAAGAAUCAGCAUAGGCUUGGAUUCAUGGCGGAGAAGGUGAUGCCGCUGUCGCAGGCCGCGGAGGCAUACGACUUGUUUAAUACCAUGAAGGUGCAGAAGGUGAUCUUCUUGCCGGAUCAGUAA